UAAUUGCGCGCGCGCAAUGUCAACGACGACAUCUUCCCAGUUCAUGAUUUAACGAUAACCCGACGACGAACGACCUAAUUUACUGCUCUUCUUGUCCAUAUACUAGUUGUCCGAACGUCUUAUAAUAUGCCAGCCCAGACUUCUUUCCCUUCGCUCGCUGCGCUCAGGCGCCUGCAGACGCUCAACCAUGUCCAUGCGCCUCUCCGACGAACUGGCAGCGGCAGGAUAACGAACGGGUGGACGUGCGCAAGCUGUCGCAGCCAACUUUCUUCUUCUUUUUCGUCAUCCUCCUCCUAUAACUCGACACUUGCCCGACGAUCGUUUUCCGCUUCUUCGAAACGAUAUAGCAACCAAAGCUCGAACGGCUCUUCCUCUUCUUCCUCCUCGAACAACACCAACGGAAAAACCACAAACAACGGCCGACGAACAGUGCUGCUAGCGGCUGGUGGAGGCGUAGCGACCGCGGGAUUGCUGGCGUUUGGUGACGAUGUCAAGUAUACAUACGAAGCGGUGGAGAGGACGGGGAGGGUGGCGAGUGCGCUGGCGGUUUGCGUCAACGAUUACCGGAAGACGUUGAACGCAAGAGAGAAGAUUGAGGAUGCGGAGGAGAAGCAGCGGUUGCUGAGGGAGUGUCAUCAGCGGUGCGCGGAUCGGACGCUGGAGGUUUUGGAGAAGAGUGGUGGGAUUUUUAUCAAGUUGGGACAGCAUUUGAGCGCAAUGAACUACCUCCUCCCCCCCGAAUGGACAACGACCUUCAUCCCCCUCCAAGACAAAUGCCCCGUCUCCUCUUUCGAGUCGAUCGAGCGCAUGUUCCUCCAAGACACCGGCACCUCGCUCUGGGACUACUUCUCCGAAUUCUCCCGUGAGCCCAUCGGCGCCGCCUCACUUGCCCAAGUCCACCUAGCCACCAUCAAAGAAACCGGCCAGCGCGUCGCCGUCAAAGUCCAACACCCGUCCCUCCAGCGCUGGGCGCCCCUCGACAUGCGUCUGACGUCGACCACCUUCAAAACCCUCAAGUACUUUUUCCCCGAAUACGACCUCGAAUGGCUCUCCUCCGAAGUCGAGAUCUCUCUCCCAAAAGAACUCGACUUCACCUGCGAAGCCGAAAACGCCCGCCGCACCUCCCGCCACUUCUCCCAACACGCUCCCUCUUUGCCAUUGGUCAUCCCCGACGUCCUCUGGGCUAAGAAGCGCCUGCUGGUAAUGGCCUGCGAAUCAGGCCACCGCCUCGACGAUCUCUCGUACAUGGACGCCCACGGCAUCGACCGGGACGAAGUCUCCGCCACUUUGGCGCGGAUCUUCAACGAGAUGAUUUUCGGCGAGGGCGCGCCCCUCCACUGCGAUCCGCACGGGGGUAACAUCGCCAUCCGCCACAACCCCUCUUCUCGCUCCAACAAGGCAAAGACCAAUUUCGACAUAAUCCUCUACGACCACGGCCUCUACCGCGACAUCCCCCUCCCGCUCCGGCGCUCCUACGCCAAACUCUGGCUCGCCAUCAUCGACGGCGACAUUCCCAAGAUGAAACGAUACGUGUACGAAGUCGCCGGCAUCGGGGAAGAUAAAUUCCCCCUUUUUGCCAGCGCCAUCACCGGUCGCGACUUUAUUAAUGUCGUCUCCGCCACCGACAGCGGAGGCGUCUUGAAACCCAAGGAAGCAUCGGAACAGAAAUCCAUGUCUACGGCACUGCAGGAAGGGUUGAUUGUGGAUUUGGUGCAGAUGUUGGGGCAGGUGCCGAGGAUUAUUUUGUUGAUUUUGAAGACGAAUGAUUUAACUAGAGCGCUGGAUGAGAGUUUACAUACGAGCCAGGGGCCGGUGAGGCAGUUUUUGAUUUUGGCUAGGUAUUGUAUGCGUACCGUGUUUUAUGAGCAACUGGAAAAAAUUCGGGAGAUGAGCGGAGGAGGGGGAGGCAGAGGCAGUUUGUGGAGCAGGCCGGGGAAUGUGGUGCUGGUGGUGAAGGCGUGGUGGGAGAUGGCGAGGGUGGAGAUCAAGUUGGAGGUUUUUGAGUUGUGGUUGAGGGUUAAGAGGGCGCUUGGGUUGGGACAGGGAGGGUUUGGGCAAAGUGUGCCGGUGGGGAGGAAGGGGCAGAGGAGGUUGGAGGUGGAGGUUGAGAGGGAGGUUGAGGCUACGGCUACGGCGUAAGGGGGUGGGUGAUGGAUGAUGGAUGGAUGGAUGAGACUUAUGGAUUAAAAGAGUGCAUGAGAUGAUUGCAUUGUGUGAUUAGAGAAUAGAACUUACCUAGAUGUAGAUGUAGAGAGAUACCUAUUGUUUCUUGGUUGCGGUGCCAGCCAGCCUCGUUUGGGUCACUCCCUCGUCCAUCUUGGUCGUCUUGUGGCAACAAGUGGUUU